AAUCCGUAUGCUCGUAACGUGGAGUUGUUUACUACUGAUUUUAGUGUUUCUGAGCUAAAAGGCAGAUGUUUAGGCUUUAACUAUCAGCAGCUGGUUGGGAAUUUGACAAACUGUCCAGGGGAGGAUAUGGGGAAGCCAAAGAAAAAGAGUGACAUUAGCCGAGCAGAGCUGAUGAUGAUGACCAUCGCAGACGUCAUCAAGCAGUUGGUUGAAGCCCAUGAACAGGGCAAAGACAUCAAUCUCAACAAGGUGAAGACGAAAACCUCUGCUAAGUACGGACUGGAAGCUCAACCCAGACUGGUCGACAUCAUCGCAGCUGUUCCACCUCAGUACCGUCGGAUUCUUGUACCCAAACUAAAAGCCAAACCCAUCCGUACUGCCAGUGGGCUGAAGCAGCUGGGCCACAGCGUGGACAAGGUGGAGUUCAUCGUGAUGGGCGGCACCUUCAUGGCUCUCCCUGAGGAGUACAGAGACUACUUCAUCAGGAACCUCCAUGACGCCCUGUCAGGGCACACCUCCAACAACGUGGCCGAGGCCGUCAGGUACUCGGAGCGCAGCAACACCAAGUGCGUGGGAAUCACCAUAGAGACGCGGCCAGACUACUGCCUGAAGCGCCACCUCAGCGACAUGCUGAGCUACGGCUGCACCCGGCUGGAGAUAGGAGUGCAGAGUGUUUAUGAGGAUGUGGCUAGAGACACCAACAGAGGCCACACAGUGCGAGCUGUGUGUGAGUCUUUCCAACUGGCAAAGGACGCCGGCUUUAAAGUUGUUGCUCACAUGAUGCCGGACCUUCCCAACGUUGGCAUGGAGAGAGACGUGGAGCAGUUCAUCGAGUUCUUUGAGAAUCCGGCGUUCCGGCCCGACGGUCUGAAGCUCUACCCGACGCUGGUGAUCCGGGGCACGGGUCUGUAUGAGCUGUGGAAGACGGGCCGCUACAAGAGCUACACGCCAAGCGCCCUGGUGGACCUGGUGGCCCGCAUCCUGGCCCUGGUGCCGCCCUGGACACGAGUGUACCGGGUUCAGAGGGACAUCCCCAUGCCGCUGGUGAGCUCCGGCGUGGAGCACGGCAACCUGAGGGAGCUGGCGCUGGCUCGGAUGAAGGACAUGGGCACCGAGUGUCGAGACGUUCGGACCCGAGAAGUCGGCAUUCAGGAGAUUCACCACAAAGUCCGGCCUUACCAGGUGGAGCUGGUGAGGAGGGACUACGUGGCUAACGGCGGCUGGGAGACCUUCCUGUCCUAUGAAGAUCCGGAGCAGGACAUCCUCAUCGGCCUGCUGCGCCUGCGCCGCUGCUCUCCUCAGUCUUUUCGGCCGGAGCUGAAAGGAGGGGUGUCCAUCGUCCGCGAGCUGCACGUCUACGGCAGCGUGGUCCCAGUUAGCAGCAGAGACCCCAGCAAGUUCCAGCAUCAGGGCUUCGGUAUGAUGCUGAUGGAGGAGGCGGAGAGAAUCGCCAGGGAGGAACACGGCUCAGAGAAACUGGCCGUCAUCUCCGGUGUAGGAACCAGGAACUACUACAGGAAGAUGGGCUAUGAGCUGGAGGGGCCCUAUAUGACCAAGCAGCUCUACAGUGCAGGACUGGACUGAACUCACACCUGCUUCUUUUUAUCUGGAAGAUCCAAACCGAACCACAAACACACCUGUUUUUGUUUUUUUCUGUUAAUACAGUUCCUGCCGUUAUUUUUUAGAGAAACUUUUCAGUGUGGAAGGAGAUAAUGCUGGGCUUUUUUCCAGAGGCCAUCCAUCUGCUAUUAUCUGGAGCUGCUGCAUUGGCUCUGCUUUAUUUAGAUAAGCAGGCGCGCGAAGCGGAGCUGUUUGGGACGACGUCAGCGCCAUCCGAUGUGGAAUCUGACGUUUCAACACCUAAGGAUCCCCGACACGCCUCUGCGGUUGAACUAACUCUCAUGUAAAAACUCCUAUAGAGGGAGCUGGGGUUGAUCGUUGCAUGUUUGUACUGGUUUACCGUCACGGUUUGAGUUAAGCACGUUUAUGUUGCAAUCAUUUGAAAGCAAACAUGGGGGCGCUCCUCAAUGCUUGGCCGCCAACGGGGGGAAUCCUCAUCAGGGAGCUGCUGGGUAAUUGAAAGAUUUGAAAUGAUGGGGCAGGAAAGGAGUCUUUGCGUUACAUAAAAAGCUUUUAUUAAAUCUUGUUUUGUCUAAAACACAUUCUAGGAAUUAUAGCAACUUUUUUUAAAGAAUAAAGUAUUUUUCAGGCUAUC